AUGCCCGCAGACAAGCGUACAGCUGCUGCUGCUGCUGAGAAAGCGCCGGAGAAGCUGAAGCCAAUACCUCUGCAAGGUGGUCUUUCCAGUCAGCUGGUCCGCAAGUUUGCUUCGCUUUCUGUUGCUGAUCAGCGACGGAGCAGUGAUGGUGCGGAAGAAACGAAUGCUUGCGCCAGCGGCACGGGCCGCUCCGGCACUGAAAAGAUUUCUCCUUCGGAUUUCGUCGCUUUGCAGAGGCUACGCUCCAGCACGCUAGCAUGCAGAACGAGCACUGCAUUCAAAAGCAGCCGCGAUAGUGGCAUACUGUUCGGCGACUUGAGAAACAGCGAUGCUUUCAAGAAGUAUGAGGAGGGGAAGAAGAAGCAAGAAAGGAAGGAUGCAGACAGCAGCAGUGCAUCAUUGGAAGAGGCGUCGACCGCCAGUAGUCCGGAUUGCUCCAGAAAGGGUGACCGGGACGCAAAAGAAGGGAUAAAGAAUUUAGAAGAUGAGAAGUCUGUAGUGCUACUACCUCGUGGUCCUGUCCGUAAUGCGCGCAGCAGCUUCACUGCGCAUGCUCCCUAUCCGACUAGAAGCGGCUGUUCAGUCACAGCACCGGUAUCGAGUAGUAUUGUGGGAAGUCACGAGCGAACGUAUUAUCAGCAGCAGUGCAAUUUUGAAAAUGCAAAUUAUUUUCCAGGGGUGGAAACCCCUCUCGAUUUUGUGAACACUAAGUCGAGCAGUUCGACACCAGACACCGUGCAAUCUGAUUUAGGCUAUGGUUCCUCCAGCCCACACCAGAUCUCCCCAAAUGCAGAAAAAAGCAGUGCGUCCCCAAGAGAUGUUUUAGACGAUGCCCAGCUUCCGGAGGAUCUUUCUGACUUCAUCUUGGAAUAUUCCCGACAGUAUACGAGUACAGUCCCGUUACCGGGAAAUGACGCGAAAACACGAUCCCGGCAUAGUAGCAGCAGUGAUACUAACAAUCAAACAAAUUUCGAUAGUCCGUUAUAUCGAAUUCUUGUUGAAGACGAGUGUGUUUCACCGCUUUCGGCAAAAAGUGCACCACAGUUUUCCCCGGUUUUACCACGGGCAGCUACUCAGAUUCCUGCGAUUUUUGAAGAAAGCACUAUUGAAAGUAUUUGUCCGUCCAUAAAUGCUGCGGAUCCUGGGUUACUGUCGAUUGUUCAAGGGAGGCGCGCAGGACCACGUUAUGCCAGGAAUCGCUUGCGGUCUAUCAUUGGCGACAGGGAAAUGAGUGAAGCAUGGGUGUGGACAUGUAAAUGCAUCCAGGAGCUGAGAGGCGCUCUGUGCUACCAGGAUCCGGAUGGCGAUAGCUUACUGCACAUCGUCAUACUACAUAUGGAUCUUGCAAAAAUCUAUGCACUUGUUGAGCAGAUGCUAAAAGCUGACGAUGCAUACACACGACGCGCCUUCGAUAUGCCGAAUCGAGCGCUUGAGACGCCUCUGCAUUUGGCCGUACAAAAGAACAGUCCGGAGAUUGUGGCAUACUUGAUCGAAGCUGGAGCCAGUCCAAAUACCCGAACACUGCCUCCGGAACAGCAGACGCCACUUCACCUGGCUGCAUCACAAGGAAUGAGUGAAAUUGUUGAAGUAAUAUUUAUUUCGUGCGUGACGGGCCACCAAUCUGCUGCGACAUUCCCCUGGCCUCAGCCCUCAGGUCGAAAACGUCAUUUGAAAAUAAGCUUAUCUGGGGGUACUGACUGUGGACAGCCAUGUAAUCAUACAUUUGCACCGCAAGCAGUUCUCUAUGUCUAAAA